GGCUGGCUGAAUGGAUUGAAUUUAAAGGAUCACAUGUAUCUCUGUCCUCUGCAGUGUUCCUGUGUCCAGGUAUCCUACGAGGCGUGUACCAGAGUGAACACCUGUUUGAGUCCGACCACCAAUCAGGAGCCUGGUGUAAAGAUCCAUUCCAGGCCUCUGAUAAGAUUUACUACAUGCCCUGGACUCCCUACCGCACGGACACUCUCACAGAGUACUCCUCCAAGGAGGACUUCAUCGCAGGACGACCGACGACCACGUACAAGCUGCCUCACCGUGUCGACGGGACCGGCUUCGUGGUCUACGACGGGGCUUUAUUCUUCAACAAGGAGCGGACGCGCAACAUCGUCAAGUUCGACCUCCGCACGCGGAUCAAGAGCGGCGAGGCCAUCAUCGCCAACGCCAACUACCACGACACGUCGCCGUACCGCUGGGGCGGCAAGUCGGACAUAGACCUCGCCGUCGACGAAAUGGGCCUCUGGGUUUUGUACGCCACGGAGACGAACAACGGACGCAUCGUGGUCUCGCAGCUCAACCCUUACACGCUCCGCAUAGAAGGCUCCUGGGACACCACCUACGACAAGCGGACCGCCUCCAACGCCUUCAUGGUGUGCGGCGUGCUCUACGUGGUGAAGUCCGUCUACGAGGACGACGACAACGAGGCCACGGGGAACAAGAUAGAUUAUAUGUACAGCACCACCCAGAGUAAAGAAACCUUUGUGUCCAUCCUGUUCCCUAACUCUUACCAGUACAUAGCAGCAGUGGACUACAAUCCCAGAGACAAUCUGCUGUACGUCUGGAACAACUAUCACGUAGUCAAAUACUUACUGGACUUCGGGAACAACGACAACAGAUUGGGUAGGUGGAAUGAAUCUACUUUUCUCUUCGUCUUUCUUUCUUUCUUUCUUAAAACUCUUGGUUUUUCUAGGUUUGACUGGCUAGGUGGACUAUUAAUCUCUCUAGAGACUUCUUUAGUUCUGUGGGUGUGUGUAAUGGGCAGUCUCUAG